UAGAUCGACCACACGAUACUUCCUCGUUUACGAAACCUAUCCCAAACUCUGCAUAAUUAGUACUGUUCAGCUCGGUGUGCCCCGGGCUUUUUCGUUUUGACAUCUGUUGAAUCAUCAAAUUGAUCACUUUUAACGUGAGAAUAUUCACCAUGGCUUGGAGGUUUAAGGCAUCAAAAUAUAAGAAUUCUGUCCCAAAGUUUCCAAAGAAGGAGGAAUGGAUAUCCGAACUUCCAAUUGGAACAUUGAUGAACUCUCAAGGGAACCACAUCAAGGCCAGCGCAGAGUACAUGGCUUUCAAUGUCGACUCCACAGGUGGAGGAAGUUUAGGAAUUCUGCCACUGAGUUGUACAGGGAGGCAGGGGAUGAAGAUACCACUUCUACACGCACAUGGAGACCUGGUGACAGAUUUUGACUUCUCCCCAUUUGACGAUUACCUCCUGGCAACAGGUUCAAGUGACCAAUCAUUGAAGGUCUGGCUUCUCCCAGAGGACCCUGGAUUUGAGAGUGAGAGCAACCCAGUGGUGAGUCUGCCGUCAGAAGAGAGGAAGAUCGAGAACGUGCUGUGGCACCCGGCGGCUGACGGUGUCCUGGCUGCGUCUGCGUACAGAUCAGUCCGAGUCUAUGAUGUCUGCAGGUCCCAGGAGAAAUAUGCACUAGAGGGUCACGGUGACCUGGUACAGAGCAUAUCAUGGAAGGGGGAUGGGUCACUGCUUCUGUCGUCCUGCAAGGACAAGACGUUGAGGAUAUUUGACCCUAGGGCUGGCUCCAUAUCGCAGGAAACUCCAGGUCAUGGAAACAUCAAAGAUUCCAGGGUCCUGUGGCUGGGAGACAAGGACAUCGUCAUGUCAACCGGUUAUGAUUCAUCUAGAAGUCGCUGCAUAGGAUUGUGGGAUACCCGAAACUUCUCCAGUACACUACAUUCCAUAUCUCUCGACACUUCCACUGGGAUUCUGAUGCCGUUCUUUGACCCGGACACCAACAUGGUGUUCAUCACAGGCAAGGGCGACAACUUGAUACGGUUCUUGGAGCUUACAGACAAAAGUCCCUACAUCACUGAGGGUUCAACUGACCGCACGGAGCAGGUGAAGGGGCUGUGUACUGUACCCAAGAGGGCCAUGGAUGUGAUGAAUGGGGAGGUGAACCGACUUCUCUGCCUCGUCAACAACGCCGUGAUACCCACACCAUACAUUGUGCCCAGGAAGUCCUACCGAGACUACCAUGAAGACAUCUACCCUCCGACAUCAUCCAUGGACCCCGCCAUGUCGGCUGACCAGUGGUUCUCAGGACAAAAUGACAAGAUAUCACUGAUCAGUCUUGAUCCAUCCAAGAAGCAGAACAAUUUCAACCGCCGAGCUGUCUUAUUGACGGGAGGUAGUUCUGCCCAAACCAGUUCCAGUUCGUCACCAGCAUCACAGAUAACCAACGGGAGUCAGACGCCAAAAGAAAACUCACCUCAGCCCAAGCCAGUCAUUACAAAACCAAAACCAAUGUCAGAAAAGCCUAAACCAUCUCCAGAAAAGCCCCCACCCUCUACACCACCACACCAGGCAGAACAGAGACCAUCAUCCCCAGAACACAAGACCCCAGUGAAAGCUGAGCUAGAUGUUCAAAGGGCAGGCAACUCUGGCAGGUCAUCCCCGGCAAUGGCUUCAGCAGCAGCGCAACCCCCAGAAAAUGCAGAACCCCUUAAACCGACUAAAGUGUUCACAGGUGUCCGUAAGUCCAAGUUCCGGCACUUGAAAGGCCAGGUGCUGCACAAGAGUCGUCACAUUGAGAACCUGCGGAACGUGAGCACCACGGUGCCGGGGGAGAGUGACAUGUUUGCCGCCAACACUCAGCGCUGUGCCGUGCCACUGGAGGGGCCCGGGGGGCUCAUCAUGGUCCUGGAGCUGGACCAGCCCGGGCGACUCCCGGACUCCGGGAUCCCGGCCCUGCAGAAUGGCAGCAAGGUGAUGGAUUUCUCCUGGGACCCGUUUGAUAACCACAGACUGGCAGUUGCAUGUGAUGAUGCAAAGAUCAGAAUUUGGACCAUUCCUGAAAACGGCAUCACUGAAAACAUGACUGAGGUGGAUUUGAAUCUUCGAGGCCACAUGGAAAAGAUUUACUUUGUACGCUUUCACCCCCUGGCUCGAGACAUCCUGGUGUCUGCGUCGUACGACAUGACCGUUCGCAUCUGGGACCUGACCGAUGGGUCAGAGGUCAUGCAGCUGGAGGGACACACAGACGCGGUGUUUUGUUUCGCGUGGAGUCCGGAUGGAGAUCAGUGUGCCACUGUCUGCAAGGAUGGAAAAGUCCGAGUGUUUGAGCCCAGGAAGAGCUCACAGCCACUCAGAGAAGGCCCGGGGCCAGCAGGGAGUCGAGGUGCGAGGGUGACGUGGGCGCUUGGAGGGAAAUAUUUGUUUGUGUCUGGCUUUGACAGAAACAGUGUACGAGAAGUUAUCCUGUAUGAUGCAGCUGAUCUGACAGAGCCACUGGUGCGGGAGAACCUCGACAUAUCUCCCUCCAUACGUAUCCCCUUCUAUGAUGAAGACAGCUCCAUUGUCUUCCUACAGGGUCGGGGAGAUCGUCAGGUCCAUGCCUAUGAGAUCAGCGAGGAGGAGCCUCACCUGUUUCCUGCGUCUGGGUUCACCACACCCAACCAAUCACAAGCCUUUUCUUUCAUGCCUAAACCCAGCUGUGAUCCGAGAAUUGUUGAGUUUGCCUUUGCGUGGCGCCUUACCAAGUCGAGCAUUGAACCCUUGUCUUUCACCGUUCCCAGAGUAAAGACUGAAUAUUUCCAAGAUGACCUGUUUCCUGAAACUCGCGUGACAUGGGAACCAGUCAUGACCAGUUCAGAGUGGUUUGCUGGAUCCACCAAGAAGCAGCCCAGGAUCAGUGUCAGACCGACGGACAUGAAACUAUUGAGUGAGGCCCCAGCCGAGGCCCCCAAGGCCCGGAAGUUUGAGAGCUACAACGCCAGCACGUACAAGACGGACGACCAGAAGAAGGAUGAGCUGCUGAGUGCUAUGGACAAGAAGCUGGGUCUGAGUGACGCCCCCAUGCCCCAGGACCUGGCUGAGGGAGUGGACGACGACGAGUGGGAUGACUGAUGAGGAUGCAAACCUGGAACAUGCAGCUAUCUCAGGGUUCACCCCAGCAUUCACUGAGACGAGGAAAAGCAUAGCAGUGUGAACAUACUCUCAUCUAUAUAUGCGGGGAAAAUACAGCCAUAUUUUUUGUACAGGUGUGAAAUAUGACAAUAUGUGUGCUUAUGUAAGGAUAGUUUUUUUAGCAUGGUGCUUUCCAAGUUUUUAUGAAAUGAUGAUGAAUGCUUAUUUUCAUAUAAUUUGUUUCAAAAACUAGGAUCAUGAAAAACAUGGACAUAAACAUUACUGUUAAAGUAUUGACUAUGUCGUUUUGUUACAAAAAAUAUCAUAACUUGUUUCAUGUCACAGAUUACAACUUAAAAAAAUAAAAGAAUUGUUUCUCAGGCAAUGGCUUUUGAAAAUAUUGUGCAGGUAGGCGGUAUUUUUGGGGUUUUUUUUAUGUUCAAGCUAGUAUGUAACCAAAUUUUGUUUACAAUAAUUUUGGUGAAAUCAUGUUGUUCUUAAGUAUUGCAGCAUUUCACUGCCGUGGUAGUGUUUUCGAGACGCAUAAUAUUAAAGAAUUUUUUAUAUUU